GUAUAAACACAGCACAAUAGUGAAUGAAACCGUACAAAUAUCUACCUGGUGUUGAUACGCUUUACCGUUAUUCGUUAUACGAAACCAUAAGAAUUAAUACGAUUGUUUCACUGGAGACUUUCACUUCUUUACGGACUCUCGACUGUGGUUCUACACCUUUCCGCGAACCGUCAACGAUAAAAAAAAAUGUCGUCGAGUCGAAAAUCAGUGAUAAUAAUCGGUAGUGGAAUCGGUGGCACAGCCUUAGCUGCCCGCUUAUCGCACAAAAAUUUUGAUGUGACAGUUUACGAAAAAAAUUCGUUUAGCGGUGGUCGUCUAUCGCUUAUCCACAAAAAUGGCUUCCGUUUCGAUCAGGGACCGUCGUUGUAUUUGAUGCCCAAAGUGUUCGAGGAAACGUUCGAUGAUCUGGACGAAUCGGUCAACGAUCAUUUGGAUUUACUGAGGUGCAAGUCCAAUUACACUCUCAACUUUCACGACGGUGAUAAGUUUGAGUUGAGCUGUGACCUGGCCAACAUGUUCGAACAAUUGAGAAAGUACGAAGGGUCAGACGAACGGACUUUUUUGAAUUUUAUGGAUUAUUUGAAGGAAACGCAUGUGCAUUAUGAACGGAGCGUUGCGCUGGCGUUGAAAGAAAAUUAUGAGCAUUGGUACGACGAAUUUCAGCUAAGACACAUACCGAAUGUAAAUAAGAUGCAUUUGUGGGACAAUGUGUACAAUCGUGCGAAGCGAUUUUUCAACAGCGAAAAAAUGCGGAAAGCUUUUACGUUCCAAACGAUGUAUAUUGGAAUGUCACCAUUCGAUAGCCCGGCACCCUACAAUUUACUUCAAUACACUGAAAUUGUGGAAGGUAUCUGGUAUCCCCGUGGUGGCUUUCACAAGGUGAUAGAAUCGCUGGAAAAUAUUGCGACAAAGAAAUUCGAUGCAGAAUUUCGUUAUGAAAUGGGCGUCGAGAAAAUCAUUGUCGACGGAAACAACGUAGCCAAAGGUGUACGAUUGGAAAACGGCGAAGAAAAAUAUGCGGAUCUGGUCGUCUGCAAUGCCGAUUUAGUGUACGCAUACAACAAAUUGCUUCCGCCAACGACGUAUGGUACACGACUGGGGGAAAAGGGAGAACUCACAUCGUCAUCCAUAUCGUUCUAUUGGGGAAUCAAACGUAAAAUGCCUGAACUUGAUGUGCACAACAUUUUCUUGUCCAAAGACUAUCGCUCUAGUUUCGACGAUAUAUUCAAACGGCAUCUUUUACCCGAGGAUCCGUCCUUCUACAUCAAUGUGCCAUCGAAAAUUGAUCCGAGUGCCGCACCAAAUGGUAAAGAAACAGUGGUUCUAUUACUACCAAUGAGUCACAUUUCACAAUGUAAUCAGCAUCGGAUCGAUGAGCUAAUUAAAACGGCUAGAAUGAAGGUAAUUAAACGACUCGAAUCUUGCUUAGGCAUCAGCAAUUUUGAGGAUCUCAUCGAAACCGAAGAAAUUAACGAGCCACGAACGUGGCAGACAAAAUUCAAUUUGUGGAAAGGGUCCAUUUUAGGUCUAUCGCAUAAUAUUCUUCAAGUGUUACAUUUAAGACCAAGCACGCGAAGUCAUCUGUUCAAAAAUCUGUACUUUGUUGGUGCCUCUGCCCAUCCGGGAACUGGAGUACCGAUUGUUUUGUGUGGUGCAAAAUUGGUCGAGAAGCAAAUUUUGGAAGACUGUGGUCUCAUCAAACGAACUGACAGAAGAGCGAAGAUUUUCAUGGAAUAUUUUGCUUUCAUUAUCGCUGUCGCGACAUUUUUUUAUAUUUUAAUGAAUUUAUUGUAUUAGAUUGAUCUACAAUUGGCUUCGUUUUUUUUUUUAAAUGACUGGAACGCCAAUAGCUUUUGUGAGGUAAGGAUUUAUACCUUAUUACGACAACGGAACCUACCAAUGAAACCAACCAACCAUGGUCAAAUAAAAAAAAAUUAAUUGAACAGAUGCAGCAGAUCAAUGCUUCUACCAUUAACACUGAGCCAACAAUUGUCAAAUUCGAAGGCUUUAGUGACAAUAGCUGCCGCUUCAGAUUUUUUGUAUUGUAUGUUUGAACACACACAUCGACCAAAAUAAAAAAUAUU